AUGAAAGCCUCGAUGUCAUGGCUACUUCUGGUGGUCACAAACCUACUACUUCCCGCUGGGUUACUACUGUUUGCGAAGGGGUUCUUCCCCUAUAAGCCCUUCCUGCCAGGACUCGCGGAAUUCGAUGGCGGGGUUAGCAGCGCGCCGAAGAUGUUCGACAGGGUGGUUUUCAUGGUUGUUGAUGCGCUGAGGAGUGACUUUGUCUUUUCGGAGGAGUCGGGCUUUGGGUUUACGCAGAGUCUGAUAUCUUCCGGCUCCGCAAUUCCAUUUACGGCACACGCUACUUCACCGACUAUCACUAUGCCUCGCGUGAAGGGGCUCACUACCGGCUCAGUCCCUGGUUUCUUGGACGUAAUACUCAACUUUGCUGAGUCUGAAUCCGCCGUUACCCUGGCGUCUCAGGACAACUGGUUAGCGCAGAUUGUGAAUCGUGGGGGCAAGUUGGUCAUGUACGGCGAUGACACUUGGGCCAAGCUCUUCCCCGGUAUGUUCACCAGGUCGGAUCCCACGUCUAGCUUCUUCGUGUCAGACUUCACCGAAGUAGACAACAACGUUACGAGGCACAUCGAUAAUGAGCUACAGAGGGAUGACUGGGAGGGUAUGAUUAUGCAUUAUCUUGGGGUGGACCACAUUGGACACAAAGCGGGGCCCGAAAGCCCGAAUAUGAUCCCCAAGCAACAAGAGAUGGAUGGAAUAGUUAGGAGGAUAUUCACCGCUAUUGAGGAAAGGGAGCACUUGAAGAACGCCCUGUUCGUGUUGGCUGGUGAUCAUGGAAUGAACGAUGCGGGCAAUCAUGGUGGCUCUGGGCUCGGUGAAACGUCGCCAGCUCUAGUUUUCAUGUCACCAAAGUUCAAGAAGAGCUUCAGCGGGAUGAAAUGCCCGGCUGAAUUUAGGGAGGGGUUCGAUUACUAUACAACCGUAGAGCAGAAUGAUUUUGUUCCCUCAUUGGCAGGCCUAUUGGGAUUCCCGGUCCCGAGAAAUAAUUUGGGGGUGUUGAUACCUUCUCUUCUGCACAUGUGGAAUGUGGAGGAUAGGAUAUCGCUAGCAUUGGCAAAUGCUAAGCAAUUGCUUACCAUUGUCAAGGCUGCCCACACAGACUUUGACAGCCGAAAUGUCGGCCCUAUUGAUUGCAUAGACGUUAGAGACGAUGUAGAUGGAUUGGCUUGUCUCUGGAACGAAUCCGUUUCCUCCCGGUAUUUCACCGAAGGGAAAGAAAAUCCAGAAGUUGCUUUGGUCUCACUCCUGAAGUUCUCUGCCAAAUGUCAAGACGUCCUCUCAUCAGCUUCGAGCGAUUACGACCUCACUCUGAUGGCCACAGGUAUAGCAUUCGUCUUGCUCGGGCUCCUAUGUUCGUUAAUCGGCCUUGUCCCAAUCCUGGAGAGGUCCCGGCUCGCCAACGUGAUGUUUUUCGCAACGACGGCGACCUACGUCGUCAUGAUGUUUGCCAGUAGCUACGUUGAAGAAGAGCACAACUUCUGGUACUGGGUAGCAUCGGGGUGGCUCUUCCUUUUGUUCUUGAAAGUCAACAGCGAUGCAUUCCGCAUAUUCCUCAUAAUUCCGAUGCUCAGGGUUGCCCGUCGCUGGAAUCAAACGGGGCAGAAACAUGCUGGGGCAUCAGAUAUUACCAAGGACUUCCUGUCGGAGAAAGUGAAUUUGCUCUGGUUCCUUGUGCUGUUCACGUAUACCGAUAUGUUCGGCCGUAUCGUCAAGAACACGUUCCGAAAUAUCCCUGGCCGAGCCGCUGGGUUCAUAUUUGGAUUCUCAACCAUCGGCGCAGCACUCACGUUUAAGCUUUGCUUCGCGGCGCAGGACACGCCGGACUUGAUAGCGGACUGGCUAAAACCUUUAGUGUUGUAUACUGAAGAACUAGAUUUGUCACUAAUAAGCCUCGCUCGAACAACCUUCAUAUCUCUUGGCACAAUAAUCCUCUACACAAUCCUCUUCGAAACCCGAAAGAAGGGUCCAAAUGUAACCCACACAAUUUCAACAAUCCUUCUAACCCUCCUCCCAAUCUUCCUAGCCACACAAACCAAACUCCUAAACAUCCCGCUCCUCUACCUACUAACCCUAACAAUUCGCCUGCUCUCCUCCUCCUCCUCCCUAACCUCCACAGACCUAACCCUCUCAACACUAAUCCUCUCCCACUUCGCUUUCUUCGCCUACGGCGGCGCAAACGCCAUUUCCUCGGUGGACCUAUCAAACUCCUACAACGGCGUAUCUGGCUACUCCAUAGCGAUCGUAGCUUUCCUAACUUUUGUAUCGAACUGGAUCGGCCCCAUAUACUGUAGCUCCGCCGCUACAGUCGCCAUCACCAUCGCCGCGCGCAAGCGCGAGGACGGCGCGGGGUUGACAAGGCAUUUGAUGUGCCUUAGUCUCUUUUGCUGCGCUGCGACGGGCGCCGUCAUGUUGGCUUGCACGGUGCUAAGGACGCACUUGUUCAUUUGGACCGUGUUCUCGCCAAAGUAUUUGUUUGCCAUGGUGUGGGUUGUUUGGCACUUGGGUGCUAACCUGCUGUUGGGUGGGGUGUUGGUUUUGGUUGGAAGGGUGGGGUUGGAGUAG